GUCGCGAAUUACUUGCUGAGUUUUGAGUAAACUUCUUCAUUAUCCGACAAGUAACCAGCGUGUGAGGUUCAAAUAGUAGAAGGCUACGAUGGUUUUCUGGACUAAAUGUUGCCUGCUACUGUUAGCUGUUAGUGUCGGAGUUCAUAGUGCAUCUUUUGAGGAUACAAUAUAUCUACACUACCAUCGAAAGCUACCGCACAUACUACAGCUUUUGAGAAAGUACACCUUGUGGCCACCUGAACCAGCAAUCGCGGACCCUGUUUUCUAUGAUCCUGCAAAUUCUCCGACUCCUCUCAUUGUGGGAGGUGACUCAACAACUAUCGAGCUGUACCCCUAUCAGUUGUCGUUGAGAAAUGGAGGAGUUCAUAUUUGCGGUGCUACAAUUAUCUCAGACAAAUGGGCACUUACUGCAGCGCACUGUUUGGAUGAUGGGAGUAUACCUUCUUGGAUAACGAUGCGAGGUGGGAGCCCUCAUAGAUUGGCUGGUGGAUAUAUUUUUCACGCCGUGCAGUAUAUCCUUCACGAAAAGUACGACGCCAAGACAUUUGACUACGAUGUAGCAGUUGUGCAGAUAGCGGAGAACUUUCUGGUCGGUACGUUGCGUGCCGUAUCUUUAGCGGAUAACACUAUCAAAGUGAACUGUCCGAGUGAGUUGGCUACGGUGAUUGGAUGGGGCACUGAUGCUUACAGUUACGUACCGUUGAUUCUCCAGGAACUGAGAGUACUGGUCCAGACAAAUGAUGUGUGCCAGAAGCUAUGGAUCGAGCAAAUUACAGAUAGAAUGCUCUGUGCAGGAGGUGUAAUCGGCGAGGACACCUGCAACGGUGACAGUGGAGGACCACUGGUAUGCAACGGGUACCAGUUUGGUAUCGUGUCUUGGGGAUCGGCGAAAUGUGCCAUCGCUAUGCCAGCUGUUUUCACCAAUGUAUCGGAUUCGGAAAUUCGCGAUUUCAUUCGAGCUAAAACCGGUGUGUAAAGUUGCAGGGAUAGGUAACAUACUGAUUGGCCGAAUGUCGUCGGUGAAAAAAUGCCCGAAUAUGCACUUGAUUAAGGAUGGAUGCAGUUAGAUCACUCUGUCUAAUCGGUCGCGUGAUCUUCAACUCAGUGUCCCUAUAUGAUUUGCAAAUAAAAAUAGAAUAAGUCAGCAAA